AUGGAGGUUGUAGUCCCUUGCUGUUCAUGUUCUAGGGUCUUUGUCAAUUCCCAGCUCCGAUUCGCCGCCGCUCUCGCCGUUUCCGGGAUUUUGUUGAUUCUAUUGUGGACGGGAGCUGCUGAUGCAAAAUCCAGGAAUAAUCACCAAAUACCUUUGCAAAGUCUUGAGAGUGGAGUUGAUGGAGUGUCUUCUCAUUCGUGUAUCCAUGAUCAGAUCAUAGAACAGAGGAAGAGACCGGGACGAAAAGUGUAUUCAGUUACUCCACAGGUUUAUCAUGAGCCAAGAAGUGCUGCCAAUUCUAAUCCUCACAAAGGAAGGGUACUGCUAAGUGUUCUUGAUGAGCACAAGGAUGUGAAACAACCUAUCAGGAUUUACUUAAACUAUGAUGCUGUUGGUCACUCGGCUGAUCGAGAUUGCCAAAGAGUUGGUGAUAUCGUGAAGCUGGGUGAGCCUCCUUCAAGCCCGUUCCCUGCUGUUCCUGCAUGCAAUCCUAAUGUAAAACCUCCAGUUUCCGGUGAUUGUUGGUAUAACUGCACUUUAGAUGACAUAUCUGGGGAGGACAAAAGGCAUCGCUUGCGCAAGGCUUUGGAGCAGACGGCAGACUGGUUCAGAAGAGCAUUAGCUGUUGAACCUGUGAAAGGGAAUUUGCGUUUAAGUGGAUACUCUGCUUGUGGGCAGGAUGGUGGUGUGCAGCUUCCUCGUGAAUACGUUGAGGAGGGUAUUGCUGAUACUGAUUUAGUUCUAUUGGUGACCACAAGACCUACUACUGGUAAUACCCUUGCAUGGGCCGUAGCUUGCGAACGUGAUCAGUGGGGACGUGCAAUUGCUGGGCAUGUCAAUGUUGCUCCCCGCCAUUUGACUUCAGAAUCUGGGACUCUGCUUUCAGCAACUCUCAUUCAUGAGGUUAUGCAUGUCCUUGGCUUUGAUCCGCAUGCAUUUGCUCAUUUUAGAGAUGAAAGAAAAAGAAGACGGACUGAGGUAACCGAGCAACAGAUGGAUGAAAAGCUUGGUCGGAUAGUGACACGCGUAGUGCUUCCACGGGUUGUCAUGCAUUCGCGACAUCAUUACGGAGCAUUUUCUCACAACUUCUCGGGUUUAGAACUUGAGGAUGGAGGAGGACGUGGCACGUCAGGGUCCCACUGGGAAAAGAGACUUCUCAUGAAUGAGAUAAUGACUGGGUCAGUAGACACAAGAUCAGUCGUUUCGAAAAUGACUCUAGCUCUAUUAGAGGAUAGUGGCUGGUAUAAGGCUAACUAUAGCAUGGCAGACCGUCUUGAUUGGGGCCGGAACCAGGGGACUCAGUUUGUCACAUCUCCGUGUAACACGUGGAAGGGCGCGUACCAUUGUAACACAACCCAACUAUCUGGCUGUACAUACAACAGAGAGGCUGAAGGUUACUGCCCAAUUCUAAGCUAUAAUGGAGACUUACCUCAAUGGGCUCGUUACUUUCCACAGGCUAAUAAAGGUGGUCAGUCUUCGUUAGCAGAUUAUUGUACAUAUUUUGUUGCCUAUUCAGAUGGGUCUUGUACGGAUAUCAAUAGUGCACGUCCGCCUGACAGAAUGUUGGGUGAAGUGAGAGGGGGUGACUCCAGUGCGUACUGGGUUUGUUCGAGGUUCCAUGCCACAGGGGAAUGGUUGUUAUCAGCAUAG